GUACCUGACAGGUGUGAAGAUUAAACAUGUGACCCGUGCAAACAAUAAACAGAACAAGACUGUUUCUUUUCACAGAGCAGAAUGUCAUCCGUAUAAUUUGUCUUCCUCUCUAUUGUCGCCCGACCUGUGCAUUUACUUCAUCUGCCCUGCUGAUUCAGUCUAAACCAGCUGCUCUUUAAUAAUUCACAGUAUUUUUGACUGGUGCUAUUGCCUGUUUUUGAAUGUGGAAGCAAUAAAAUGUGCAAUGAUUCAUUUGAUUUUGUCACAUGGAUUGGAUGUCCUGAUCUGAACUGGCACCUUUACUUUAGGUGACUUUACACCUGUGUUUUAGUCCAGCCUUUUUACAACAUCAAAACUAAAAGCAAAAGUAAAGGCUGUUUAUGAAGCCAGUAUGUUUUCAUUUCUCAUCACUUGAGGUAGAAAAUUCAAACCCAACAGAACGAGAAUGGCGAUGCUCCAGGUCUAUAUGAGGAUUAACAAAGAUACAAUUAAAACAGUAAGUCUGUCAACAUCAGAUGAAGACAUUGGGAAACCCACCGUCAAAGAUCUGAAGAAAAAAGCCCUAAGUCUCUUUCCUGGAGUGAAUGGUUCUGAGCAUCUGAGAUUGAUUUUCAAUGGAAAAGAUCUUGAAGAUGAUAAAAAACUUGAAUAUUACGGCAUUAAAGAACUCUCUGUCAUUCAGGCCAUAAUGAAAAUGCGUGGUGGAAAAGACACAGUUCCACUUGAUGAAGAGUUUCCCAGGAUUCAUUCUAUGGCAUGAUUAUAUUUCAGCAUGAUGUUUUGGACUGAAUUAAUUUGAAAUAAGGAAGUUCAACAUCAGAUACUGCAGUAUAAUGGGGAAAUAUUUGUACAUAUCUUACAGAAAAUAAUAGAACUACAUAUUAUAUGACAAAUGUGUUAAGGAAAUGUGUAAAUGAUAAAACAAUUAAAGAAUAAAAAAGAAUAAACUGUAAUAAUAGUGUAAACCAGAAAAAAAAAAAAAAAAAAAAGUUCUCCCAAAAACUAUUAAAAUGUUUGUAGGAAAAUAAUUUUGUUGAUCUCAAGUAUUUGCUUCAGAAAAAUCAUUGGAAUUAAACCUACAUUAAAACAAUGUAAAAAAUGAUAUGCUGUAAAAAACAAAUACACUCUAAAAAAUGUUUGGUUAAAAACAACCCAAGUUG